AUGACUGCGCACCAAAUCGAAGGCUGCACUUGGCAAUCAACCUGGCAAUCAAUGGCGGCAAUUUCAACUCGAUUAAGCCUGAAACUAAAACAAGAAAGGAAGAGGAAAUAUGAAGAAUCUGAAAGUAAUAAAUCAGUUGUGGUCAUUGACUUGACAGAGGAAGAUUUACCUGCAGAUCCUUCACCUGCUCAAGCAUCGGUUGUAAGUCGUGUACAGGCUAAAAUUAGCAAGUAUUUUGAUAAACAUCAAAAUCAUCAGCUGACUGAUGGUGCAGUGGUAUCUGCCAAUAGGAAAGGUAAAGCUGUAAAUCGAUCUACUAACAUUCAAGGCAAAGAUGACAAAACAAAAGCGAUUUUGAAAGAGAAUAAGUUAAAACAUAACGAUCAGGAUAAUGGAGCUAAUUGUGAGAGUAGCCAAGCAUGCUUGCAGAAGGAUAACACACAGCGAUUCGAUUAUCAGGAGUUAGCAAAAGACAAAUGUCAUACUUCUACUGAUCUUAUGGUGACGAGAUCAUCGAGAAUGGAGAAUUUAUCACUUAUGGAAUGUACAAGUCCGUCAUCAACAAUUGAUUCGAGGAGAUCUAUUAGUGCUAAAAGCAAAAUUACUCGUCGCGUUACUAACGCUAAAGGUAAAGAUGAUAGGACUAAAGCAACAUAUAAGGGUAAACACAGUAAUCAUGACGAUAUGGCUAAUAAAACCCUGUUGCAAGACAGCACAACAUCCUUAGAGGAGGAUAAAACGCAACAGUUAGAUUGCCAGGUAUUAGUACAAGACGAUCAUCAUACUUCUACUAGCUCUAUCGUGAUAACACCGCCUACGAAUGAGAUUACAUCAACUAUACAGAACACAAGUCCAUCGUUAACAGUCGAUUCAAGUAGAUCUGUUAUUACUAAAGAUAAAGCUAACCAUAAGGGUGUUGACAUUAAAGGUAGAGGUGGUAGAACUAAUACGAUUCGGGAAGAGAAUAUGAAGCCUAAGGUAAAAUAUAGUAAUCAAAGCGAUAUGUCUAACAGUAGCCCUCGUCAAAAUAACCAGGUAUGCUUGGAGGAGAAUAAAAUACAACAAUCAGAUUGUCAGGUAUUAGCACAAGACGAAUGUCAUACUUCAACUAAUCCUACUGUAAUAAAGCCAUCUACAAAUGAGAUUGCAUCCUCUAUACAGAGUGCAAGCCCGUCAACGGCUGUAGUAAUUGCAAGUCAGGAGAAAAUCGAUGUAGGGCCGCAAUCAAUGGUAAAAGUAGAAAAAUCGGAAGAACUUACACCUGUUUCAGCACCAGCUGGUAUUCCACAAAACGAUGAUCAAACCCAUCAAACGUCUCAAAAAGAGCCUUACCUGCCGUAUUACUUAAGUAACUUUAACAUUAUAAUCCAGACAGUACGAAACUGUAAAGACGAUGUUUGCCUUUUUAAUGAUGAAGAUUUAGUUGCUGUAGACAGCUUUUACAAUUUAUCGGUUUCUGCUCAAAAGUUAUACGUGCGUUUAUUUUUACGCGUAUACACUUGGUUCCAAUGCAGUAAGUUGAAAUAUCCCGACAUCAGGGAAGAUCUUAGUAGUGACAUCGAGCAAUUGAGGAAUGCUGGUUUAGUGGAAGAUGACGACUCCUUGACCGAUAUGGAAGAUAUCUUAAAUUUAUUACCUGGCCCAGAAGUAAAAAAGUUAGCUAAAAUGUACCAUGUUAAGUCUGGAUCGAAAAAUAAUAUUAUUGAGGCUUUAAAAAAGCUUGGUCGUCAACAAAGGGGUGUAUAUGGACAACAAGUGGAAGGAGUAUCAGGAAUCACACGGAGUGUUAUAAAACGAGCGAAAUCGGUUUUGGGAUUGUGCAUCCGAUUACAGAAGCAUCCUCGAUGUGUUUUUAAUCGUAUGUCGUUAUUGUUUGCUCUUACGUCGGCGACAUAUGACGAUGACUUAGCUAAUGGAGGACAUGCUCAAAUGGCGCAACUGAUGAUGGUAAAUUUUGGUAGGCUUGUAUACCCUGAAUAUGAAAUAUAUCGACCUACGCCAGUAUUUACAUGCCGUGAAGAUUUUAUCACAUAUGAUAGCAAGCUACAAGAGUACUAUGAUAUUAAUGAAGCAUUUGCUAGAGGAGAUGUCGAUACGGCGUUACAGUUGUAUCAUGAUGUUUAUGAUGAUUGCAAGUCUAUUAUCAAUGACUUGCUCAAUGAUGAGAAUUUUAUUGGGAGGCAGCUGCCAAGUUAUCUUAUGCAAUACACCCCUGGAUGGGUUUGCUGCCAGAUUUUAUCGUCGGGUAUUGGAUUAUUAGAAAAAAAACGAAUGUACAAGGAAGCUUCCAUGGAAUUGCAAUAUUUGUUACAACAGAAAGUAUUCUGUAACGUACGACGUGGAAAAUGGUGGGAUCGAUUAGCUCUAAUUCUAGAACAACAUUUGAAGCAGCCAGAACUUAGCCUUAAUGCCGUCAAAGAAGCUCUUGUAGAUCCAUGUAUUGGAGGAGGACGUAAACUAGCUCUUCAACAACGUGGAAUUAGACUUUGUAAUUCACCAAGUAAUAAGAAACUUCAUAUAUAUAGACAAGACAUUCCUCAAAUCAACUUGAAAGAUGCGAAUCAUAUUACAAUAACUGGUCGUCUUUACCCGGCAGUAGGGUCUGGUUAUAAAUCCGUAUUUAUUCGCCCUGGUGAAGAUUGCAGCUUUCUUUGUUCCGUUGAGGAAUUGGCUUUAUACCAUUACUUAGAUAAUGAAGGAUUUACAGAUGGUUUGCAUGCAGAGGGUGCGACAUUAUCAACGCUAUACACGUUGCUCAUGUGGGAUAUUUUAUUUACUCCAGGCGUGCCAGAUGUUUUUCGACAUCCAUUUCAGAGUGCUCCUUUGGAUUUGAUGCAUGGAGGAUUUUAUUCGAACCGUAAGGAUAUAAUUGAAGAAAAGCUACGACUAAUAAGAGAAAGUGAUGAUCAGGGUAUUGAGGACAUGAUUAAGAGUACUUGGACAAGAUAUGAAGGCAGAAUAUGUGUAGGCAUUAACUGGGAACGAUUUCCCAAUGGUUUACCCCAAGUUCAGAGUUUAGCGUUAUGUUUUGGUGGUGAAAUUUUGGCGGAUCUAUGUGAGCGUUUUUCUAAGAGCUUUGCAGCAGGUGGCCUUCCAGAUUUAGUUUUAUGGAAUAAAGAGACGAAAAAAGUUAAAUUUGCGGAAGUAAAAGGGCCGAACGAUCGUCUUUCAACCAAGCAAAUACUCUGGAUUGAUAGAAUUGUUAACUGGGGAAUUGAUGUUGAUGUUUGCCAUGUGAAAGCCAUUGGAUCGAAAGCAUUGUAA